UUUAUUUAUGACGAAAAAGUUUCCUGGUGGGAGUCCUUGGUCCUCGUGCUGAUGUACAUCAUCUACAUCGUUAUCAUGAAGUACAACUCAACCAUACAUCACUGCUUCGAAAGGAAGACAAAAAACUCCGCCAAUAUGGUGAACGGUUUAGCGAACAACACGGAAAUGGACGAUAACAGCAACUGCGAUGCCACCGUGGUGUUACUAAAGAAAGGGAAUUUCCACCGCAAGGCCUCGGUGAUCAUGGUGGACGAGCUGCUGUCUGCCUACCCACACCAGCUCUCGUUUUCCGAGGCUGGGCUCCGGAUCAUGAUAACCAGCCACUUCCCUCCCAAGACACGUCUGUCUAUGGCCAGCCGCAUGCUGAUCAACGAGAGACAAAGGCUGAUCAACAGCAGGACGUACACCAACGGUGAGUCCGAGGUCGCAAUCAAAAUCCCCAUCAAGCACGUGGUGGAGAACGGCACGGGCCCCAGCAACGCGGCCGAGCGGGGCGUGAAUGGCACACGGCGGGACGAGGACGUGGCCGAGGCUGGGAACGAGACCGAGACCGAGAACGAGGAUAACGAGAACAACGAGAACGAUGAGGAGGAGGAGGAAGACGAUGACGAUGAUGACCACGAAGGGCCAUACACACCUUUUGACCUACCAACCGGCAAGGUGGAAAUCUUGAAAUGGCUCUUCACGUGGCCGCUGAGUUUUGUGCUGUACUUCACAGUGCCCAACUGCAACAAACCCCACCUGGAGAAGUGGUUCAUGGUGACCUUUGCUUCCUCCACCCUCUGGAUCGCAGCCUUCUCCUACAUGAUGGUGUGGAUGGUGACAAUCAUUGGCUACACCCUGGGGAUCCCAGAUGUGAUCAUGGGCAUCACUUUCUUGGCAGCUGGAACCAGCGUGCCUGACUGCAUGGCGAGCCUCAUCGUAGCCAGGCAAGGUAUGGGGGAUAUGGCUGUGUCCAACUCCAUCGGAAGCAACGUUUUCGAUAUCUUAAUUGGCCUGGGCCUCCCAUGGGCUUUGCAGACCCUAGCAGUGAAUUAUGGAUCAUACAUCCGGUUAAACAGCAGAGGACUUAUCUAUUCUGUUGGUCUCCUGCUGGCGUCUGUUUUUGUCACAGUGUUUGGCGUCCACAUGAACAAAUGGAAACUGGACAAGAAGCUAGGGUGUGUGUGCCUUUCCCUUUACGGCAUCUUCCUGUGUUUCUCCAUCAUGACAGAGUUCAACGUCUUCACUUUCGUGAACUUGCCGAUGUGCAGAGAUCACUAG